UUUAUAUUUAUGUAUUAUAUUUAUAACACUUCUUAUAAUUUUAUUAAAAUUGUUUUAUUGUUUCCAAUCGGUUGCACAGAAAAUGAUUAUACAUGGUAAAAUUGAUAAAACCAAACGCCAGUUUUUGCAGCAUUAUGUGAUAUAUUGACUUUCAAGUCAGACACACACACGACUAAACGAAUAAAAAAGUAGGCGCCUUAAAAUAGAGAUCUUCUGACUUGCUUGCAGUACCAAAAAACUCUCAUCGGCAGCCCAUUCCUUGAAUCAUUAUCGCUUUUCAAACUUAUCCCAAUUCAUUCUAUCACCUUUGGGUGAUUCCCAAUAAUUUGCAGAGUGUCUCUUCUGCAGGAAUCAAUCUUCAAUAACUUUGAUGGCGAAUAGUUCAGAGUUCGAUCCACAACUCUUCGUUUCUCAUAAAUUUCCCCAGACUACUCACACUUACACUGAAAGAGAUGCAGUGAUCUAUGCCUUGGGUGUUGGUGCCUGUGGAAAGGAUGCUGUGGAUGCUGAUGAGCUCAAAUAUGUUUACCAUGAGAACGGACAGCAGUUCAUCCAAGUCUUGCCAACAUUUUCUGCACUGUUUUCAAUUAGAAUGAGCUCCACAGGUGGUCUGGAUCUUCCUGGAUUGGAAUAUGAUCCACGUCUUCUGCUGCACGGACAACAAUACAUAGAAAUAUACAAGCCAUUGCCUUCUAGUGCUUCUGUACGUACUGAACCUUGUAUUGCAGGAUUGCAUGAUAAGGGUAAAGCCGCUAUUGUUGAGAUUGAAACCAAAUGUUUUCAUUCAGAAUCUGGUGAACUAUUAUUCAUGAAUCGGAUGACAGCCUUUUUGCGGGGUGCUGGUGGCUUCUCAAAAUCUUCUCAACCUUUUUCCUACUCAAACUAUCCGACCAACCAGGCUUCAGCUGUGAAAAUCCCAAAAAGUCAACCUUUUGCAGUAUUUGAGGAUUAUGCCCAACCGUCUCAGGCACUGCUAUAUAGACUAUCUGGUGAUUAUAAUCCUCUGCAUUCAGAUCCUGAAAUUGCAAAAGUUGCAGGAUUCUCUCAGCCGAUAUUGCAUGGGCUGUGCGCACUCGGCUUUGCAGUUAGAGCAAUCAUCAAAUGUAUUUGUAGAGGGGAUCCGAACAUGGUGAAAAGUAUAUCAGGCCGAUUCCUUUUGCAUGUUUACCCUGGUGAAACUUUGAUUACAGAGAUGUGGCUUGAGGACUCAAGGGUCAUUUAUCAAGUAAAGGUCAAAGAACGUAAUCGAAGUGUGCUUUCUGGCUAUGUGGAUCUCCACCAAAUAGCUUCAUCAAUAUAAUUUAUAUUGUCUUCAUGGACUCUCGUUGUUGUUAACAGAGAAACAACCUGUUUACUUGGGCAUUUCAGCAGUCCUUAUUGUAUAAAUUUUAUGACUAUUUAUGGAGGUUUGAUAAAAGUAAUUUCUUUUCAA